GUCAAUUAAAAUGUCUCGAGGAGCUCUAUUGGUGCUAGAGGGUUGUGACAGAGCGGGGAAAUCAACUCAAGUUAAAAAACUUGUCCAGGCCCUCAACGAUCUGGGAAUUCCCGCCCAAGAGCGACGAUUUCCCGACAGAAGUACAACAAUUGGCACAGUUAUAGACCAAUUCCUGUCGAAUAAAAAUGAUUUACCACCUGAAACCGUUCACCUGUUGUUCUCUGCGAACCGAUGGGAGUGUGUAGCCCACAUGCAAAAGACCCUUGAAGCUGGAACGACGUUAGUAGUUGACAGAUAUGCAGCUUCAGGGGCUGCCUACGCAGCAGUAUCAACAAAAAAAGAUUUAUUCUGGUGCAAGGAGCCAGACAGAGGUCUACCAGCCCCAGAUUUCGUGGGUUUCCUAACCAUCGAUAACAACGUCCUGGCUACAAGAGGAGGCUGGGCAAAUGAACGAUUUGAGAAGCAAGAAUUUCAGAAAAUAGUGGCUGAGAAUUUUCUCAAAUUGAAAGAAGACACGUGGAAAGUUAUACAAGCGGAUCAAGAGGUCGAUGUUGUCCACAAUCAGAUACUUAAAGAGGCUCUGAGGGUUAUUAAAGAUGUUGAGGGCCAACCGAUCAAAAAACUCUAUGAGUGAUAAAUGCAUAUGUUUUUCAGAAACAACUAAAUUGUCAAUUAAUUACUAAUUUUCCUAAGUACUUAAAGAACAAACUAAAUUCAAAGCUAUCAAUUUUUUGUAAUUGCAAAUAAAAGAGCCCCCCAUUAU